AUGUUAGCAACAACAGCACCAAACUCGUUAGUCAUGAACCCAACUUCAAUGUUAGUAGAGAUGAAAAGCUUCAUUCCUUCUUCAUAUACUUUCGAAACAGAAAUCCAGAAGAUAAAGCAAGAACUUCUCCAAGGAGUUUUAGACUGUAGUGCAAAAGAUGAAACAAAUGAAGAAUAUCUUUAUGAAAUGCAGGAUAUUAUUGACCAUCUACCUAAACUUCCUGAAAUACAACAACAAAAGCUUACUAUUCCUGAAUUCGAUGAAAUAGAAGUCAAAGCAACUGACUCAGUAGAAACCAAGAAGUUCAUACGUAAGGUAAACUAUGAGUUUCUUGGAUUUCAUUGCAACCACAAAGUCAUGGACAAAGAUUGCGAUAUGUUAUAUAAGAACAUCUCUGACAUAUACAAAUCUGAAGAAUUUAAGACCUACGACAACUUUGUUUCGUUAGUUGCAAAAUGUGUAUGGCAGAUAAGAG